AUGGACAGGUCUCGACCUUACAUCGUCAACUGGCUCGAGCGCUAUCCGAUUAUCAAGCGAGAACUUUUGGAAUUCUCGGCCGUAAAUGGCGAUCGUAUGGAGGUAUAUUUCGUCCAGUUCCUCCGUUUCCGAGUCCGGGCUCCUUGUGGUAGUGAAAAUGUUAGCGAUUCUCGCCUCGUUGUGCUCAAGAGGACUCGGAAGAAGUACGUCAUUUCGUCUCGCAAUUUCUCACUUUUUGACGACGAUGCUGUCCCAGUCUAUAUGACCACAGGCAAAUGCGGGACGGCAAUGGCGAAGAAGCACGUAUAUUGA